AAAUACAAAGGCCUCAGGUGUUUUCACGAAAACUAACGAUUUCUUAAAUGUGGAUUUUAGUGGGUAUUUUGAUACAUAAACAAUAAACAGUAGUGAACUUCGAAAAAAAAAUUAUAUUUUUGAAAAGCCCAUUACGAAUAAAAGUUUUCCACAGAAGAACAUCAAAAUCCAUGAUUCCAAAUUUCUUUACCUGUUGAGAUAACCGAGUUUUGGUGCAGGAAGAGUGGCGCAUUCAAUCGUCAAUAAUAAAAGAAUUUACAGACUUAAUCAUUUGUUACUAGGCCUGUAUUUAUCAUUAUAUGAGGUGCAAUAAGGCGUCAUGUAUUAGAAAAUGAUGAAGUUAAAAUAUAAUUGUGCAGUUGAAAACAGUUUUUAGGAAAAGCUCUGAUAUAUAAACUACAAAUUGUUUCCACCUUUCCAACAUUAUACUGAGUGCUGGUCAAGUGUUUCAAGUUAACUAGUUUUGGAACAAUUUAGUACUAACAAUUAGAAAACAGGAUAAGGAAUGUCCAUGAUUUCCAUUAUAUGAAGGACAGGUAGGAUUUAAGGAUCCUUCUAUUUCUAGAUGGAAAAAAAGAUAAGUAUAAUGUUGUUACUCAGUUUGUGAAGCUCAAACAUAAGCAGUGAUUGUAAUGGUGAUAAUUAGAAUGGUAUAUCCCUUGUUAAUACCAAAUACAACACAUGAAAUUUGAAUGUAGAGUUCUUGAAAAAUGUUAAACCUAAUCUGAUGAUGUAGUUGAACAUCAAUAAGUUCCAAGUGUAGAUCAGAAUGUCAUGGGGCAUUGCUGCAGGUUAUAUCAACAGCUAUUUUUUUAAGAAUUAUACUAACGUAUAGUAUUGUGUAUCCAGUUGAGUUCAGUUCCGUAUUAGGUGAUAAUCCCAAGGGUUCAAUUGACAGGUACUGACACCUCGUUGAGACUGGCUGCUUUGCAGGACAUAGAAGAGAGUUCCUUUACUGAUGUUACCAAUGUGCAAUCAUAAGAUUCAAGUCCAUAUGGAAACAAGACAGUUGAUACACAAGAAAAGCAUCCUUUCUGACAAUUUAAGAGAAGCCUAAAAAACCUGUGUUUUAGUGGGACUCAAACUAGUAUUUAUCAUCCUGAAUAAGUGUUUGUAUGAUAAUUAUGUACAGUUCUUAUUUGUUUUUUAGAACAACUAUUAUUUUAUAAUGACAUCACUGGCAUUUCAUCUUUCUGUAGCUACAGUUUUACGUGUAAUUUUAAUUGGUUAUGGUGAAUGGCAAGAUAGAAAUUUUCUGGUAAAAUAUACAGAUAUUGAUUAUUACGUGCUUACAGAUGCUGCACGUUAUAUUGCUGAUGGUAAAUCCCCGUUCCUUAGACACACCUAUCGUUACACACCAUUAUUGGCCUUCCUCCUUUUGCCUAAUAUUUUUGUCAGUUUUAUAUGGGGGAAGCUUUUGUUUUCUUUGUUGGACAUUUUCAUUGGCUAUGUUAUGUACCAACUGCUUAAAAAGUGUAAUAUUUCAAACAGUAAGAUGCUUUUUAGUGUGUGUGUUUGGCUUUAUAAUCCUCUGAACAUAGCUGUAUCAACCCGAGGAAAUGCAGAGUCGUUGCUAUCUGCUGUAAUUAUACUAAGUCUAUUCUACUUUUAUAAAAAUCAGUGGUUGUUGGCAGGAAUAUUGUAUGGACUUUCAGUUCAUCUUAAACCAUAUCCCAUUAUAUUUGCACCAGUUCUAUACUUUUCAUUAACACAUAGGAUUGUGUCAUUAAACCAAGGAAUUGUGCACUGCAUCCACAAGCUCCUUGUGCCAAACAGAGAUAGACUAAUGUUUCUUUUGGCAACAGGAGUUGGUUUUUUCCUGCCUACGUGUAUAUGCUACAAGCUAUAUGGUAUGAACUACAUACAAGAGUCCUUUCUGUACCACAUAACUAGAAAAGACACACGACACAACUUUUCCCCCUUUUUUUACUUGCUAUACUUGUAUCAAGGAGAAGACCACUAUUGGUUAUCUUUUGUUACUUUUAUUCCACAAGUUAUCUUAUUACUUGCACUAGCAGUCAUCUUUCACUCUCCCAAGGACUUGCCAUUUUGCUUAUUUGCUCAGACUUUAGUUUUUGUAUCAUUUAACAAAGUCUGCACCUCACAGUACUUUUUGUGGUAUCUGACUUUUCUACCACUAGUAAUUCCAAAAUUGACUCUUUCUUUAAAAGGUGGAGUUAGCUACUUAACUGCUUGGCUACUAGGUCAGGGAAUGUGGUUGUGUUUAGCAUAUUAUUUGGAAUUUGAAGGAAAAAAUACCUUUUUAUAUAUUUGGUUGGCAGGACUAGUUUUUUUCUUAAUAAAUGUGUAUAUACUUGGUGUUCUAAUUUAUAACUAUGGAAAACAAUCAUAAUAGUUACUUUAUUCUGUUUGAUUUUAUAAAUCACUAUAAAAAAAAUUCUGUAUGUAAUUACUCCUAAAAGUUUCAUCAUUAUAAUAGUUUGUAUUUUUAACUUACAUUGUUUUUUGUGAUACUCUUUUGCUAUUUUUCUUUGUUGUAGAAUAUACAAAAUUAUUAGGUUUUGGCCAUUAUGUUGUCUCGUAAUUUGGAUAGUAAGAGGCUUCCUAAUUUUCACCAUGUCGGUGAGAAGUCAGAAUAGUUAUAAUUUAUCUUAAAGUCACAGUGAAAACAUUGAUAUCAUUUAUUUAGUAUUUGGUGUAAAGUGUAAAACUUAUAAGUUUGAAUAUAUUAACUCAUUAUUUGUACAUGUUUUAAUAAAGUAGAAAUGGAUUGACAUUAUAAUUUUGUAAAAUCACAUUUGGUGAAUUGAUGAAAGUAACUGAGACAAAGCUGUUAAGCCAUAAAAUGAAAAUUAUAGUUUGAAAGGGUAGUUUGUAAUUCAAUGUUUAUGUUACAUAUUGUUAUUGCUAUAAAAUUUUCUACUUUCUGAAAAUAAAACAAGUGCAUGAAAGUGAUGGUUAGGAUAAUUCUAGAAUGCCAUGUCUAGUUUAGUUGAAGAAUUUAUAUAAUCAAAAUGUAUUGUGUGAUCAUGUGUUUGAAAUUGUUUAUGAAAAGACUAUAUUAUGUAUAUAAUGUCUUCAUGUCCUUCCUCUCCUAUGUAGUAGUAUCUGAUUUAUAUUAUUAUAAAAACAGACAUUUUAGUGUUCAUAAAUGAAUCUUGUGUAAUAAAGCCUACAAUCAACCAAAGUUGAGUUGUGUAUAAGCAAAUGUUUUGUAUAAAUAAUAUGAUAACAUGAAAAUGCAGUAUUAAAAGCAAUUAAAAAAUA